AUGAAUGCAGAAGAGCUUACCUUGGAUGCUGCCGAACUACAGUCACUACUGCGGGUUUCUAAGAGACCAAACAUUCAAGGUUGGAUCAAGUCCAAGAUAGAAGAGACUGAAAGAGAGUUAAAAAAGCUGUCAGAUUCUCAGACAUCAAAUUCUGAGCCAACAGGAUCUGCUCCUAAGCCGGUGAAUGCUGAAAAGUCGUCUCCUUCGAGUCUUCCGACUGUUAAAGUCACAAACUACGGUUGGGAUGAAUCAGACAAAUUCGUCAAGGUGUACAUAACAUUGAAGGGAGUUCAAGAUGUUAAUCCUACAACAAUCCAUCACAGCUUUUACAACUACGGCUAUGAUAUCACGGUGUCCAAUUUUUCUGGCAAAAACUACACCAUGACUAUGAAAGGCUUACGCGACGAAAUCGUGCCUGAGUCCUGUCAGAUCAAGUACUGUACACCUAGUUAUGCACAGUGUGCCAAAACGCCCCUACUAUACCGUUGA